CACAGAGAGGAUCGAGUUACUCUACGCCCCAUCUUUAAGCCCCGGUCAGUGCGCCGUUAGCCGCAGGACAACAGAGUAAACUACCAAGGGAGGGAGACUGGCGCUAUCGGGGACAAACCGCUCCACACUCAUGCCUUGGAAAAAGAAGACUUUAUGAUCACCUGGUUGUUUAAAAAUGAUAGAAACAAUCGAUACACAGCGUGCCUUGCAGGCGGUGGAGCGUCUCCAGGCCAAACUGAAGGAGAGGGGGGAGGUCCCCACUGAGGAAAAGCUCAGCCUGCUCAGAUCAGUGCUUCAAAGCCCUCUCUUCCACCAGAUCCUCGCUUUGCAAAAGUCCGUCCAGCAUCUCAGAGAUCAGGAAGGUGUCACUCCAUCAAGAGGAAGUGACCUCAGUGAUCAAAUCAUCAAAGCCAAUGGCAGCCACGCUUCCUACUCAGACAUCCCAGCUACUUCACCUGCCAAUGGCAAAACGUCAUUGGAAGAUUUUGAGGGUGUCAUCCAAACUAUGGCCCAGGGUCGCUACGUGGCACAUGUGGAGCUGCAGAAACCAGCGUCAGGGGGUCUGGGCUUCAGUGUGGUGGGAUUAAAGAGUGAGAACCGUGGAGAGCUGGGAAUUUUUAUUCAAGAAAUUCAACCAGGAAGUGUUGCCCAUAGUGACGGAAAGCUGAAGGAAGCAGACCAGAUCUUAGCCAUAAACAGUCAGCCUCUGGAUCACACGGUCACCCACCAACAAGCCAUCAGCAUCCUGCAGAGUGCUUCAGAGAGGGUGCAGCUCACCGUGGCCAGAGGGCCGAUACCUCAGCUGACCAGUCCAGUGGUGUCGCGCACACCGUCUGCAGCUAGCACAUUGUCAGCCCAUUCCAGCAAGUGGCAACAUGUGGAGACAAUCGAGUUGGUUAACGAUGGCACUGGUCUCGGCUUUGGGAUUGUUGGAGGAAAAACUACUGGGGUUAUUGUCAAAACGAUACUUCCUGGAGGGAUUGCAGAUCAGGAUGGACGUUUGCGGAGUGGGGAUCACAUACUGCGAAUCGGAGACACCGACCUGUUCGGCAUGGGCAGCGAACAGGUGGCCCAAGUCCUUAGGCAGUGUGGCAACAGGGUGAAACUGGUUGUUACCCGGGGGCCUGUGGAAGAGACCCCGUCUGCUGUCAUGUCAGUUGUGCUUCCCACCGUAGCUGAACAGCAGGGCGGUGAAGAAGACGAGGUUGAAGCAUUUGACGUGAGCCUAACCAAGAACACGCAGGGACUGGGGAUCACAAUCGCUGGCUACGUUGGAGAUAAAAAUUCAGAGCCUUCCGGCAUCUUUGUAAAGAGCAUAACAAAAGACAGCGCUGUGGAUCAUGAUGGCCGUAUUCAUGUCGGAGACCAGAUAAUCGCUGUGGACGGCGUAAACAUCCAGGGAUACACCAAUCAACAGGCAGUGGAGGUGCUCAGACACACUGGCCAGACGGUCCACCUUAAGCUGAUCCGGCGGGACUUCAGAGCUGACGAGGAGGAACCCCCUAUUGUGACACCCGUCGUCUCCGUCUUGUCCCCUUCUGCCACCAUCCCCACCACUGCCACCAUCAUGAAGGAGCUGGCGUUGGAAGAGAGGAUAGCCGAGCAGCCUGCUCAAGUCGUUGCAGCUCAGAAGCACUUCCAGACAACAAGUGAGGGAUCUGAUGUCAGCUCCGCCGUGGAUCAUCUAACAAAAGACAAACAUGGGUUGAAGUUAACACCUGUUGAAGAGGAAGAGCUCAUGAAAAAAUGGCAAGAGAUUCUUGGUCCAAAUAAUGAAGUUGUGGUAGCUCAGGUGGAAAAGUUCACAGAGAGCAGUGGUCUGGGAAUCAGUCUGGAAGCCAGCGGCGGUCAUCAUUACAUCAGAUCGGUCCUUCCUGAAGGACCAGUCGGCCGCUGCGCAAAGCUUUUUAGUGGAGAUGAACUGCUUGAGGUCAAUGGGAUUUCUCUUAUUGGAGAGACUCAUAAAGAGGUGGUGAGAAUCCUGAAGGAACUUCCAGUCUGUGUGUACAUGACAUGCUGCAGACCCGCUCCAGAUCUCCAAGUGGACAUGGAUGCAGCCCAACCAGAAUCAGAGGCUUUUCCCAAAGAGUAUAAACUGAAGAAUAACAUAGACCUCAGCAGUGCAUUGGUCUCUGACGUUUCUGAGACGAAAAACAUUGAGGAGCCGCAGGAUACGGUGACUGAGGAGGGGAUUGGAUCUCCUCUGGCCAUGUGGGAGAUGCAGAUUCAGAAAAUCGAGCUGGAAAAGGGAGAAGGUGGUUUGGGAUUCAGCAUUCUGGACUACCAGGACCCGCUGGACCCUUCCAAGACAGUGAUAGUGAUCCGCUCUCUGGUUCCAAAUGGUGUGGCGGAGGUGGAUGGCAGACUUCUGCCAGGAGAUCGACUCAUGUAUGUGAACGACACAAAUCUGGAAGAUGCAACCCUUGAGGAUGCCGUUCAGGCCCUUAAGGGGGCCAAGGUCGGAAAGGUGCAGAUUGGAGUCGCCAAACCGCUGCCCGGAAUAUGUGGAUAUUCCCAGUCUUCACACCCUUUUGGUGAGCAGGAAAUAACUUCAUCAUCCAUCAUCCAUUCAUUUGACUUCACCAAUAUUUUGAUUGAAGAAGGAGAGGAAGGAGGACUGACUGAGGGCAUCCUUUACCGAGCAGAACCUGCAUUGAUUGACACCAGUGAAGGAGACCUAUCUGAUGAUAAGGUGUUAGAACAUUCCUAUUCUGGGUUGGAGGAUGAUACUUUCCAAGCAUCAAUGAUCGCUCUUCACGGCAGCAGCUGCAGUGCUGACUUGGAUUGCCUGCAGUCAUCCACACCCAAGCUGACAGCUCGUCUGAAUGUGUUGGAAGAGCACCCCAGCUUUGGAGACGACACUCCAGCGCUUUCCAUAGAGAGUUUGGCCUCUUACACCACUGCGACUUUGACAGGCCCCAUCCCCUCGAUUAAUGCCAUUCUAAGCAGCUCCGAUCAAUACCUGGCAAAGCAACCGGGUGAAGAACAAGAAGCAACCGAGUGCUCAGACUCCUACAGCCUGUAUGCAGAAAUAGAAGCCAAAGCCACGGAGGAGGAGGCACCUGUAGAGCAGCCUCUCUGUAUGACUGAACCAGCCGCGUCUUUUAGAGACAUAAAGGAGGAGAUAGCUGGUGUGAAAGAAUCUGCUGAAGAUGACAACAAAGCCGCGCUGACCUCCAGGAGCAACUUUGAAAGGACCAUCACAGUUGUCAAGGGCAACUGCAGCCUUGGGAUGACAGUCAGCGCUAUAAAAGACGGUCUGGGGAUGGUGAUUCGCAGCAUCAUCCACGGGGGGUCCAUUAGCCGCGAUGGUCGUCUAGGAGUGGGUGAUCUGAUUCUGGCCAUAAAUGGAGAGCCCACCACCAACAUGACCAACGUCCAAGCUCGUGCCAUGCUCAGGAGGCACUCGCUCAUUGGCCCAGACCUUGGAUCUGUUUGUGCACCUGAGGACGAUCUGUGCCCGUUUUAUGUUGUUACAUACGUCCCUGCUGAGUACCUUGAAGAGUACAAGGCCAGCCUUGAGCAUGUUACCGAUGACGUCUUCUCUGAGACAGCUUCAAAACGUGUUCCCAACCUCCCCGAGCGUGAAGAUGGAGAAGGAGAGGAAAGUGCCUCUUACAGUAACUGGAAUCAGCCGAGGAAAGUGGAGCUUUUAAGACAGCCGGGCAAGUCCCUGGGGAUCAGCAUCGUCGGAGGUAGAGGGAUGGGCAGCCGCCUGAGCAACGGAGAGGUGAUGAGGGGCAUUUUCAUUAAGCAUAUCCUGGAGGACAGUCCUGCCGGACAGAAUGGGACGCUCAAGACUGGGGACAGGCUUGUGGAGGUGGAUGGGGUAGAUUUACGAGAUGCAAGUCAUGAGGAAGCGGUGGAAGCCAUACGUAAGGCAGGAAACCCUGUCUCCUUCUUGGUUCAGAGCAUUAUUCACCGGCCCAGGCCUGAGUCGAUACAUAGCCCAGCUCUGUCUCCCUCUGUUGAGAAACGCAUUGCAGCUUUCGAAUGCAUGCCACAUCAUGCGCGCCAGAAGCCGCCCCUGCCCUUUCUGCAGCUAAAUAGCCACCGCGACUCCAGCCUUUGCAGCACUAAUCAAAGCUCCUUAGUGCCGGCCCUCCCUCAGCAGCACCCAUCGAUAACAGACUCCAUCGAGGAGAGAGCCGUGCCGAGUCACAGCAAGGACAAGGAGGGUGACAGUCACAAUAGGCUUUUUCUCCGCCUCUCCCCAACUAACCCUUUCACCCCUACCCCGUUUAAGCCGGCAAAGCGAGACACACCAAAGGCAUCUCCCACUGGCUCCGUCCUUUCUCUGCCAGUGGUGCCCCAUGUGGGAGAGAGUGAUACAGACAAGCUUCCUGAAGCUCCCGGAGGACCUGAAGAAACGGUUGAGCAGAGGAAUGAGGAAGAGGAGGAUGAAUUUGGAUACAGCUGGAGGAACAUAAUCCAGCGCUAUGGCAGCCUCCCAGGGGUCCUACACAUGAUUGAGUUGGAGAAAGGCAAGACGGGCCUUGGUCUCAGCCUGGCAGGGAACAGGGACCGCUCCCGCAUGAGUGUCUUCGUGGUGGGAAUAGACCCCAACGGAGCUGCUGGCAGGGAUGGACGGAUGGUGGUGGGGGACGAGUUACUGGAAAUCAACGGGCAAGUUCUUUAUGGCCAAAGUCAUCAAAAUGCAUCAUCCAUCAUCAAGAGCUCUCCAUCCAAAGUUAAAAUUGUCUUUAUCAGGAACACAGAGGCACUGAACCAGAUGGCUGUGGGACCUGUGAGAGAGCAUGAGGAAGAAACGGCAGAGCCCCACACUGAGACAAAAGAGUCUGAUGAUACUUCAGACGGCGAUUAUACUUCAAAACAUCUUCAUGACGUAAUAAAAGUGGAGGAGGACGGCAUCACAUUUGUAGAGGGGAACACAGAGUCUGGUGUUGAGAUUCAGAGCAUAUCCAAAGCAACGGAAAACACAGGAAAGGAGGGCUGCAUGAAACCAGGGGACAGACUGUUAGCCGUGGAUGGGGAAUCAGUUAUUGGAUACAGUAUUGAAAAGGUGAAUUCUUUACUGAGAAAGGCCAAAGGUCCAGUGAAGCUUACCUUCGAAACAAAUGAGACUCCGUCCUCUUUCCCAACCCCUCAAGUGGCUUGUCAAGACACCAGUACCUCAGAUGGAGGCCACACCACUUUACCCAGCAUGCCUAGCAUCACUCCCAGUAAUUUAAGUCAUCCAGAGGCUGAUGCAAACACUGGUCUGAGUCGCUCAUCCACCCCCUCCACCCUGGUCUGCGACCCAGCAACCUGCCCCAUCAUCCCUGGCUGUGAGACCACCAUUGAAAUCUCCAAAGGGCGCACAGGCCUGGGCCUGAGCAUCGUGGGAGGCUGCGACACCCUGCUGGGAGCCAUCAUCAUCCACGAAGUUUACGAAGAAGGAGCAGCUUCCAAAGAUGGCAGACUGUGGGCUGGAGAUCAGAUCCUAGAGGUGAACAGCAUUGACCUGCGAGCAGCCAGCCAUGAUGAAGCCAUCAAUGUGCUGCGGCAGACCCCUCAGAGGGUUCGGCUGACGGUCUACAGGGAUGAAGCGCAGUACAAAGAGGAAGAGCUUUGGGACUCCUUCACUGUUGAGCUGCAUAAGAAGCCAGGCCAGGGUCUGGGCCUGAGCAUCGUAGGGAGGAGAUCACGGGAUCACAGGAAUGACACGGGAGUGUUUGUGUCCGAUAUUGUUAAAGGAGGUUUGGUGGACAUGGACAGUCGACUGAUGCAGGGCGACCAGAUUUUGUCCGUUAAUGGCGAAGACGUCAGGUCGGCCACUCAAGAGGCCGUAGCUGCACUUCUCAAAUGCUGCACUGGGCCAAUAAAGAUGGAAGUAGGGAGGUUUAAGGCUGGGCCUUUUCACUCUGAGAGACGGCUUUCCCAAAGUAGCCAGAUGAGUGAAACAGGAAGCUCUAAGGUGGUCAAUCAGUCUGGUUCUGAUUGUGGAAACCUUCAAAGUGACUCUGACACACCAAGCAAAGGUCAAGAGUUUGCAGAGAACCAGGACAUCAGAACGGUAGAGUUCACUAAAGGCCCUGGUGACUCUCUGGGCAUCAGCAUAGCAGGUGGAGUGGGCAGCCCUCUGGGUGAUAUACCUAUCUUUAUCGCCAUGAUGAAUCCCAACGGACUGGCUGCUCAGACACAGCUAAAGAUGGGCGACCGCAUUGUUAGCAUAUGUGGAACAUCAGCUGAAGGCAUGAGCCACUCGCAGGCUGUCACUCUGCUCAAGAACGCCACGGGAACGAUACAGCUGCAGGUGGUAGCAGGUGGCGACACCACCGUGACGGGGCCCGCUCAGAAACAGGAAGGGGGUGCUCUAACGCCCAGCUGCAUCUUCCAGGAUGAUAUUGGGCCACCUCAGUAUAAGACUAUCAAUCUUGAAAGAGGGCCUGAUGGACUUGGUUUCAGUAUAGUAGGAGGUCAUGGAAGCCCGCAUGGAGAUCUACCUAUUUAUGUCAAAACGGUAUUUGGAAAGGGGGCAGCAGCGGAGGACGGCCGUCUGAAGCGAGGAGACCAGAUCAUGGCUGUGAACGGGCAGAGCCUGGAAGGGGUGACGCAUGAAGAAGCAGUCGGCAUUCUGAAGAGGACCAAAGGAACCGUUACCCUCACCGUGCUUUCAUAGCUGAUGAACCACAAUCAUCUCUCUGUCCUAAAGGGACUGAAGCGGAAUGAGCAGUGAUCUCGUUACUAAUGGGACAUUGUGCACCUAGAAGAAUCUAGAUAAUCAUGAAGAAGCUUAGUGCUUACUGUAGGUCUGAACACUCAAACACUGAAGCCUCCUGGCAGGUAGAGAAGCACAGCAAUAAGUUUAUUAUGUGAAGCAUUCCCUGACACUGGAUCAAAGUAUGUUAAUGCUGCUCUAAAGGUGGGGUAUAAAUGUGUUUCAGAUCUGUUUGUUGAAGUAUUGUAUGAAGUUCUACUAGUAGGUUGUGCUGCUUGAGCUCAUAUAGAAGCUCUGCUGACAGUAUUUGUUUUGUACAACUUCUCAUUUAAGUGUACAGAAACAUAAAUCAACUAUUUUAUAGUAAUUUCUAGAGAAAAAAAAAAGAUGGUAAUCUGAGUUUAUUAUUUUAAGGUUAUUGUUCACCCAAAAUAAAGUUUGUAGUUCUGCAGGUCACUGCUGUGUUUUAGGUCUAGCUUUAAAAAUAAACUGUUUUUUUUUAUCACUUUAAAUGUACUUUUAGUACUGUUUCUGUGAAGAUAUUAAGUCUAUUCACACUGAAAUUGAAGAAUUAAAGUGACCUUUGGCUUUAA